AUUAUAUUCUAUAUUUUUAAAAAGAAAGGAAAAAGCUGUGUCAUUGUUUUUACAGUCAUUAGAACCAAUCAGUAAGAAGAUCAUUGGUGUUGUUUCCAGAUUUUGCUCACAGUCUGUGUGUGUGUGUGUGUGUGUGUGCGUGUGUGCGUGUGUGUGUGUGCGUUUGUGUCUCUGUGUGUGUGCGUGUGUGUGUGUCUCUGUGUGUGCCUGUGUGUGUGUGCCUGUGUGUGUGUGUGUGUGUGUGGAUUAUACUGUUAAACUGGAGUUGGUGGAAUAGAGGCUCUAUUCAUAAGGAAAGAGGGAGGAGUGUGUGUGUGUUUGUGAGUGUGUGUUUGUGUGUGUUUGUGUUGUGUGUGUUUGUGUUGUGUGUGUGUGUGUAUAAAGAUGGCAGUGUUUUUUAUAGUCUUCAGCUCUUUAUAUAAAAAAGCGAUGUAAUGUGUCAGCACUUGAUUGACGAGAUUAUGGGCGGGGCUUAGAUACAUGGCCAAUUAAAGGACUAUUGUAACUCUCUAUGAUCAUGUGUGUGUGUGUGUGUGUGUGUGUGUGUGUGUGUGUGUGUGGGCAGUGGAAUGCUAGGAGACUCAUGUAUUGCACGUGGAGCCGCCACUCCUGAUUGGUGAAGACGGAGAGUAGGAGGAGAAUGGAAUGAAAGAGUGGCAGUGUUGACCUAUCACAGUCGAGGCCUGUUGAGGUUGUGUGUGUGUGUGUGUGUGUGUGUGUGUGUUGUUAUUACUAUAAUGUGUCCUCACAGUAACACAUGGAGAGACGGAGACAGGGAUGCGUGUCCGUGUUUAUUAGGGAUUACGGGAUUAUGUGAGGCUUAUCGGAGAUUGCGGAAUUGGAGUGCUAUCGGAAUGGCGGGAUUAGAGUCGCAGCGUGGGCUUAUGGGAGUCUGAGGAGGAAGGAAGGUCUCGUGAUGAAGAUUUACGGAACGCUGAUCUCUGCAAUCAGCUGAAGCUUAAAAGAAGGAGGAGGAACGAGCACAAGUCCAGAGUUUUGGAAUAAAUGAUGAUGUAAUGAAUUUCACGUUCAGGAUCUGAUGAAUGAGUGUGUGUUUGUCCGGCACUCGUUUGAUGACAUCAUCUCAUUUUUCCAGAACCUUCAGCAGGACAGGAACUGAACACACUUUUUGGAUUUCCGUCUCUCUCACUGCUCAGAUUGAGAUUUUCUCCCUUGUUUCCGCUCGUCUCACACCACAGAACCUCAGUACACACUGGUGUGGUUCUCUGCAGAGUGUGUGUGUGUGUGUGUUCAUAUACAGUUCCUGUGUAUGUAUAUGAUGUGGCUUUGAGAAGAAAGAGGCCAAAAAAAACCAGCAUAAAUACUCAGGAGAUUGCAGUCGCUCUCUGAACUUCCUGUUGAGUUAACUUCCUGUUGAUGUAACUUCCUGUUGUCGGGGUGUGACUCAGCUGUUUCCUGUCAUGUUUGGUAGCGUUAGAAAGAUGGUGUCUGCUUUCGAGACAAGAAAACAGCCCCGUCCUCCACCUCCAUCCCACUCUUCUCCCUCUUCCUCCACCCAAAACCCCUCCCCCAAACAACAGACCACACCCCCGUCCACCACACCUACAGCAGUUCUAAAAACACUCCCCUGUCUGUCCACCACACCUGAGCCCCUCCCCCCUCACACCUCAGGACACGCCCCCUUUGCUUGUCCGAUCUCGCGUCCUGUUAGGAGUGAGAGACGCCAUGAUGGAGAGGGAGAGAGGCAGGAUGUUGUGUUGAGAGGAGGUGGAGAAGGGCGGAGAAUUCCACGUGUCAGGCUGCGUGACUCCUGGCCAAUGGGAAAGCUCAACAGCUUUGAACGGAACUUUCUCUCAUUUGUCACAGUAGAAACCAAAGAACCAAUCAACUGCUCCAAAUGUCCUCCCGAAUUUGACAGAAGCAGACUGAGACCCAUACGCUGCAAAUCCUCUUCCACCACAGGGCUCAACACCACCUCCACCACAGGGCUCAACACCACAGGGCUCAACACCACCUCCACCACAGGGCUCAACACCACAGGGCUCAACACCACAGGGCUCAACACCACCUCCACCGCAGGGCUCAACACCACCUCCACCACAGGGCUCAACACCACAGGGCUCAACACCACAGGGCUCAAUACCACCUCCACCGCAGGGCUCAAUACCGCCUCCACCGCAGGGCUCAAUACCGCCUCCACCGCAGGGCUCAACACCGCCUCCACCGCAGGGCUCAACACCGCCUCCACCGCAGGGCUCAAUACCGCCUCCACCACAGCACUCAACACCGCCUCCACCGCAGGGCUCAACACCGCCUCCACCGCAGGACCUGAAUCCACCAUAGGGACUAACGCUAGCUCGGCUAUAAGCACUACUGCUAAUUUCACUAGAGGAGUUUCUAGUCGUUUCGCUGCAGAGACCGGUUCCAAGUUGAACUUAGGGGCUAGUGCUAGUGUUAGUGCUAGUGUUAGUGCUACUGCUACUGCUAGUGCUAGUGUUAGUGCUAGUGUUAGUGCUACUGCUAGUGCUAGUGUUAAUGUUAGUGCUAGUGCUAGUGUUAGUGCUAGUGCUAGCUCAGACAGUGAGCUGCUCUCGUCUCUUGGACGCCGAGGUCCGGUUCUUGUUGGUGGUGCUAAUAAAAGUGUGUUUGAACCUCCUGGAGUUCCUAUGUAUCCAAAACAGCUAGUUCUUGGUAAUGCUGCUGCUGUAAGCCAGAGUGGGGGGAGGGGCCAGAGAAAGGGGCGGGCAUUCCAACCCCAACUAGGGCUCCGCCCCUCUGACUCCACCUUUUUCUCCCUGCUGCUGCUGUUGCGCAGUGGGUCCAGUAACAGCAUGAUUGCCAUAGACAACAAGAUUGAGCAAGCCAUGGACCUGGUGAAGGCUCACCUGAUGUUGGCGGUGAGGGAGGAGGUGGAGGUCCUGAGGGAGCAGAUAAAGGAGCUUGCAGAGAGAAACGCUCAGCUCGAGAGAGAGAACUACAUCCUCCGAGCCCUCAGGGAGAACCAGUGACACGCCCACAUCCCAGUUCAUCAUGGGAAAUGGAGUCUUCAGCAUCAUGGGAAAUGUGUUCCUUUCUGCUCAGAGUCGGAUCUGAAAUCUGGUGGUCAGGAAGAUCACAGCGUUUAUGAGAUGGAUGGACAGAAGAUGGACAGAGAGAUGAGGGACUAUCGAGUAAAUAAAUACAUUUGAGGAUUGAAAGAAUUUAACAACAGACAAUAAAUAUAUGAAAGGGCUUGGAGUGUGGAUACAAAAGAAUUGUACAUUGGGACACACACACACACACACACACAGUGAUUGUAAACAGAUUGAUGCUAAUCCAUUAACAGUGUUAAUAGCAGUGACACUGAAUUCUGUAUGUUUAUUUGUAGUGUUAGGAACAGUGUGUGUGUGUGUGUGAGUGUGAGUGUGUGAGGUAAACACUCAGGUUUGUUAGAACAAUAAUGUUGCUGUGGUGGUUACCGUGGUGACACCAUGGUUAUGAGGAGGAGGAGUAUGUGUGUUUAACCCUCUGAGAGUCUUUUAUUGGUGCGUGUGUGUGUGUGUGCAUGUGUGUAAUGUGAUUAAAGGACGGGUUACUGUACGAACAUGACUGUAAUGUAAAAUAAUCUCACUGCUCAUUUAACGAUAUUAAAAUUUCUCUUCACUCCAAAA